AUGUCAAACAUCGAUAAUGAUGCACUCACAAUACAUCAAAAGGAUCGACAUGGUAUACCUCUAAAUGCAGAAGUAAAUAAAGAUGAAUUAAUAAGAGAUUUCAUAACCCCAACAGAAAAGAUAUUCCAUCGAAAUCAUGAUGAUAUCGUUCAAAUACCCAAAGCAAGUCUCAAUGCUGUAGAAGAAGAAUGGAGAGUGAGCAUCACAUUGGAUGAUGAGGUCGCAAAGCAAGAGAGAAUUGGAUCAUGGGUAAAGUCAUUGCCUUCAAUUCUGAUACCAUAUGGAGAUUUACUGCACGCCAAAGGAAAAUGUAAAGAUGUGAAAAGAAUACGAACAACGGCAACACUUGAAUGUGCUGGAAACAGGAGAGAAGAUUUGAGCGAUCAAGAAAAGACCGAAGGCAUUCAAUGGUCAUCAGGUGCAAUUUCAACCGCUCAUUGGUAUGGCAUAUCAAUCCGUGACUUGCUCAUCCAGGUUGGAAUUGAAGACCCUUACAAGCAUCACAAAGACUUGUUCUCACUGCAACCUUCAGAAUCAGACAUAGCAAAAGAUUGUGCAACUUGGGCAACAGGUUUGCAUAUUCACAUGCUCAGUGCUCAGCCCACUUCCGAAUCAGAUCAGCCGACAGGGGAAUAUUUCGGUGCAUCAAUUCCGUUAUCUGUUGCCAUGCAUCCUCAACAACAAUGCAUCUUAGCAACCCAUCAAAACGAUCAAAUUUUAACACAAUCGCACGGAUUCCCGCUUCGUGCAGUUAUACCCGGUCAUGUUGGCGCAAGAUGGGUAAAAUGGUUGAGAGGGCUACGAAUAAGCACAAAACCCGAAGAUAGUCCACCGAUGCGAUUGGAUUAUAAACUUCUCAAACCUCCAAAGGAUGCCAGUGAAGAAGAAAAAAAUGCAUGGAAAGCCAAGAUUUCAGGUGAAGAAAAAGAUGAAGAUUUUAGAAAGGCUGAAUUGAGCAAGGAAGAGCCUAUGCAAACACUGGGCGUUGGCAGUGCAAUUGAAGAACCAAAGAGUGAUAGCAACGUCAGUCUAGAUUCGGGCAAGAUUACUGUUCGAGGCUAUGCGGUCGGACAGGAUGGCUCACAGAUUGCAAAGGUGGAAGUUACUGUACUAGCCCAAAAUGAAGAACAGGAAAGAUUAUCCAGUCUACGUGAUCGAGCGGAGAGUGGCAGAAAAGAUCAAUGGAUACAAGCAACGCUUCAGACAGAUACAUCUGCUUCACGCAGCAAUGAAAAUGUAAGCUGGGCAUGGAGUCUAUGGGAAGCACAACUGCCCGUUCCCUCUGCGAAUAAGGACAAUGGUUCAGCCUGCUUUGCCAUUGUUGCUCGAGCUACAACCACCUCUGGUGUCGAGCAAGAGAAAGAAUCCGAUUGGAACGUCCGCGGCUUCAACACCAGGUCUUGGCCUGUCAUUCGAGGGUUGAGGAUUGAUGAAAGUCAAAAAUGA